UUAUAUAGUGAUGGAAAAACCUAGUUCAACGGGCAAGCCGUGUUCCAGCAAGAUGUCCAACAAACAGCCGGUUUCGAGCUAUUCGGGUCCCAGCCGUCCGGAUUCCAGCCAGCCGAGGACCAGCCAGCCGAGGUCCAGCCAGCCGAUGAAAUCGAUGGCGACCCGCAAGAUGUUAGAGAGGGAGCUUUUCGGAGAUACCGAUGACAUGGACAUUGAAGUCGGCCCUGGUUACGACAGCAUGAACAAUAUUUCAAUGUGCGAUCGAGACUUCCGAUACCGUCUCGGGACGAAAGACCUAUCAGCCACAGGUGGAUUUUCAAACAUACAAAGCAAUUGUUUUUUGCUGGAAACAAGCAAAAUUUUAAACACGAUUUUUUUCAACAUUCUAACACCGGCUCUGGGGUGGCAGCUUUGUGGCAAAGUGUUGAUCAUCUGCCAUCUGUAAAACUAGUAUUGAUAAGUAUCUUUUAUGAAAUAUCUAUCUGUCCAAUAAAACUCACCAGUAACUUGAUGUCUGGUUGCUAGAAUAUAGAGGAAAAUAAAAAUGAUUAUAUUAAUCUAACAAAAAA